UUUUUUGGAGACAGGGUCUGGGUCUGUUGCCCAGGCUGGAGAACAAGGGCGCGGUCAGGGCCCCAUGCAGCCUCGCCCUCCUGGGCCCGAGCGAUGCUCCCACCCUGGCCUCCCAAAGUGUUGGGAUUACAGGCAUGAGCUCCUGCGCCCAGCCUCAGGUCAUUCUGAAACUGUAGUGUGGGUGGGGCACACGGUGGUCCCCGUGACCCCUGCACACCCAGGCAGGAGCCUCGGAGGAGAUCCUGGGCUGAAGUCCCUGAGGAGUUUCAUCUUUUCCUGGUGGCUCGUCUGCGUCCAUUUUCCCUGCUGGUCCUCAUGCCACCUUCCCCCUCGGUGUGUGGGGGUCUGUGUCUGCUUCUGCACCCCCAGCCCCGCCCAGCCCCGUGCCGUCCUCAGACGCUCCUGGCCUCAGGGAUUCUGCCCUGCUGACCCCACUGCCUGGAAUGCUGAUCCCUGAGGCCUCAGCUGGUGUCACCCACAGCCUCUGCCUGAGUUGGCCUUUGGGGGUCACACCGGAGCCCCGUCCUGCUGGCUGUCCAUCUGGCCUCCCGACGUCAGCUCCAGGCGGGAGGGCCCCGGUCUGCACUGCCCCCUGCUCCUGGCGGUGUCUGACAUAAAGACACCCGGUGAGCGUCGCUGACCAAAUGCACGCAUGGAGCAGAGGCCAGAGGAAGGGCUGCUCUGGAAAGCGCAUCAGCCCCACCUCUCUCCGCAUCUGUGCUGGGGCGCCCCAGGGCCCUGGGCAAGAUUCUGCCCCCAAGCCCUCUGUCUCUCGUUUAUGGAGAGCCUCCCUCAGCCCAGCACACAACCUGCACACCUCACAGCCCCACACGUGUCUCAGCACUGCCUGCUGGGCCGGGGCCCCUGGGAAGCAGCUCAGGGCGGCCGGUCCGUGUGUGAGUCACACACACACACCUCUGCACACACACGACACAGACGUGUGAACCCGCUCCUGCACCUGUGCUGCAGAUGCUGGCUCUGGGCACUGACAGGGACGCUUCAUCCUUGUGGUGGGAGGCCCUCAGAACGGAGAAGUGCCCCCUUUCGGCAGACUCAGACCUCUUGGGGUCGGAGGCCGGGCAGGGGUCUUCCUCAGCUCCCUGAGCUGAGCGCUGCGGCCUGGCACGCUCCUUCCAGGAGGAGGAGAACCUCAGGCCUGGACCGUAGCUCAGCCCUCCCGCCCCUGGGACGGGGAACGCAAAGGCUCCAGGUGGGCUGGUCAGCUGCAGCGAUGGGCACAGGCCUGGGCUCCUUUCACAGCCACACCUGGGGGGCUGGCUCUGGCCUGCCCUGCGCACUGUGUGGGUGAAUGACAGGUGGCUCCAGAUUUCUGGGCAUAAAUCAGGUCCCAGUAGAAAAUGCCCCAGAGAAACAGGCAGGCUGGGCCUCACCGCCAGACCCUGCCACCUGCCCCCAGCCAGGGGUCCCUUCUCGGUCCUCUCGUCUGCCCAGCCCCUGGUCUUGACCUCCUCCCUGUGGAGAUGCAAAGGGAGGGUGGGGGCAGGGACACCCUGUAGUCAGGACAGCUCUUGGGGAAGCAGCGCUGGGGAGGGCAGAGAGGCGCCCAGCACCGCCCUGGUCUGAGGCACCACCUCCAGGAAGCCCUCUCUGAGCUCUGAGGCCUGCGGUCUGCUGUGUGCUGCUCUCUGUGGUCCUGCUUACACAGAGGGUUAGCAGCUGCACUCACCGGGCUGGGAGGGCUGGGUGUGGGGAACAUGGCCCGGCCCCCGAGGCUCCUGCUGCUGACCCUCCUCCUGGCACUGGCCCCAGGCCUGCCCAAGGCCCUGACCAUCCAAGAGAUGCAGCAGUCUCCCUGCUUCACGAUGGCCCCCGUGGCAGGCGCGGUCAACAUCACCUGCUCCACCGGCGGGGCCCUGAGUGGGAUCUACCUGAAGCGACUCUGGCCACAGCCCACAGACAUCAUUUACUACGAGGACGGGGUGAUGCCCACGGUGAACACGCUGUUCCGGGACCGUGUCAACUUCUCGGGGUCCCAGGACAAGCUGACCAUCACCUUGCAGCGCCUGCAGCCGGCAGACACCGGCACCUACAUCUGUGAGGGCCUCACGGAGACUCAUGUCUUCCGCCCCCCUCAAGGCACCUUGGUCCUGGUGACAGGCGCACACAGAUGCCCGGAGGCCCCGCCGACAGCCUCUGCCCUUCCUGCGGCCCUGAUGGUGGUCUCCUUCCUCCUUGGGCUGGGCCUGGGGGUGGCGUGUGUGCUGGCGAGGACCCAGGUCAGUGUAAGCCCCAGCUGCCACCUGCAUCCCCACAAGUGUCCCUCUCCUGAGAGCAGAGUGGGGGGCGCCAAGGCCUCAGAGGAAAACCCCAGCACCCGAUGCCUCCUCUGCAGGCUCCGGCAGCCCUCAGGGUGGAAGUGGCAUGGGAGGGACGGAGGGAAUCAGCAGUGAAGCUGGGGCCCGUGUGC